UAUCGAAGCAACAAGUAUCAAGAGACAUCUAUUUUAAUUCCGUAGUGCACGCAAGCGACAAAAUUUGGUUCAUGUACGAGAAAACCGGUUGCGUAAAUUUAUAAUUUAUUAAUGAAAAUGUUCGUAUUACUUCAACAACUCUUUUUCAAUCGAAUCGGUAUAGUAUCAAGUAUCGUCGUAAUAACAUGGUUGUUUUGGAAAUACAGGACGAGCCUGUACGUUAUAAGCAAAACAUGGCGUCGAGAUCUAAGAGGACUGAGAAGAGGCGUCAGAGCGCUCUGUAAGAUCGUGCUGUAUGAACGCAAUUGCAUGUCCAUCCCUAAGGUGUUCCAGAAAGUAGCCAGAAACAAAAACAACAAAGUAGCUAUUUACUUCGAAGAUGAAAUCUGGACUUUCCAGAGACUUGAGAAAUUUAGUAAUCGAAUAGCGAAUUAUUUCAUAAGGAAGGGUUACCAAAAGGGCGAUACUGUAGCAUUGCUGUUGGAAAACCGGCCCGAGUACGUGGGAAUUUGGUUGGGUUUAUCAAAAAUUGGUGUAAUUACGGCUUUAAUCAACACUAAUUUAGUAUCAAAGCCUUUGUACCAUUGCAUCUCCGUCGGAAAGGUUAAAGGCCUGAUAUUCGGUUCAGAUUUUACUAAUGUUGUAAAUGAUAUAUCCUCCGAUUUGCAAAACGUGCAAUUAUUCAAAUACGACAAACUAAUUUCCGAGGAGUUAUCAAACGAAUCCGAAGCCUCCCCAGACGCUCACAUAGCUCAAACCACCCCCAAAGACACCAUAUUGUACAUAUACACAUCAGGCACAACAGGGCUACCUAAAGCCGCCAAUAUCAAAAAUUCCAGAAUGUAUUUCACAGCGACGGGAAUAAAUUCGUUUUUGGAAUUGACCGACAACGACGUGUUUUACAACUCGCUGCCAUUGUAUCACAGUUCAGGGGGAAUGCUCGUCAUCGGUCAAUGCGUCUGUUUCGGCGUCACGGUGGAAUUGAGGAGGAAAUUUUCGGCCAGCAAUUUCUGGAGCGAUUGCAACAAACACGAUUCCACGGUAGCUUCGUACAUAGGCGAGAUAUGCAGGUACAUAUUGGCCGCUCACGAGAACAAACCGCCGGUGAAACACAAUGUGCAGAAAAUAUUCGGUAACGGUUUGAAAAAAGACAUUUGGAAUGAUUUCGUGGAGAAAUUUAACGUACCGCAAGUGUACGAAUUCUACGGGUCGACAGAAGGAAAUUGCAAUUUAAUCAAUUUGGACAACAAAUUCGGAUCCAUCGGCUUCAUACCGAACUUCAUGAACUUCAUCAUCACAGUCACUCUCAUAAAAUGCGAUGAGGAGACCAAAGAACCGAUGAGGAACGCCGAUGGUUUCUGCGUCGAAUGCAAAGCGGACGAACCGGGCAUUUUGAUAGGUAAAAUCAACAAAAAAAUCAGCAUACACCAUUUCGACGGUUACGUAAACAGCAAGGAAACCAGCGGGAAGAUCCUGCGAAACGUCUUCAAAACUGGAGAUUCCUACUUCAAUUCCGGCGAUUUGAUGGUCAAAGAUAGUUUGGGUUAUGUGUAUUUCAAAGACAGAACUGGUGAUACUUAUAGAUGGAAAGGAGAAAACGUCGCCACCACCGAAAUCGAGUACCAAAUAUCCGGCAUAAUCGGACCAAAAGAUGUAGUUGUAUAUGGAGUAAAGGUACCAAAAACCGAAGGUCGAGCAGGCAUGAUAGCCAUCGCAGAUCCGACGAAUUCCAUCAAUAGAUCUAAGCUGGCAUCGGAACUCAAGGCUCAAUUGCCAUCUUAUGCUGUACCGCUGUUCCUCAGAGUGAUGGAUUCCUUUCCGAUGACCGGCACGUUUAAAGUGAAAAAAAACGAAUUGCAAAACGAUGGAUUCGAUAUUAACAUCAUUGUGGAUCCUCUUUAUAUGUACGAUAGCAAAAAAGUCGAUUAUAUUCCUAUGAAAGACGUUUACAAUGAUAUCAUAGAGGGUAACUUGAGAUUGUAGCUCACUGUUGAAAUAAAAUUUGAUACAAAUU